CCAAUGUGUUACAGUUCUAGCUGUUGCCAAGCAACAAGGACUCUCUUUUGUUCUAUUAUUUUCUGUCCUCAUCCCUUACUGCCCUAUCUACUUCUUUUGGUAGGGAAAAAAUAUCUACCUUAAAAAAAAAAGAAGAAAACCUACUCUAUCAACAUUUAGAAAACCAAAUCAACAACUUUAGGUUAGAUUAACCAAUCCUCAAUUAUUGGAAAUAGUAAGUUUUAUAGUAAAAGAGAAAGGCGUCAUCAGAAGAACUUCAUUUAUAGUCAGCCAAAAUUCUAAAGAGCGUGGAUAUGGAUUCACAGUGCACACCUGGAAAGAUCAGUAUUUCUGAAAGGUCCAUCCUUCCAGGAGCAAAGGCUGUUGAGAAUGUAGAUUACCCGCACUACUGCGAUCUCUUAAGAAAAAUGAACAUGCCUUUUGUGAAAGGCGUCGAGGACAGACAUGACCAUGGCAGAAUUGAAAAGAAAUGCAAUCCUACUUUUCUUAAGUUUCACCCUUAUCCCCCUUCAGUCAUGCCAGACUAUCAUUUACACUAUCCUUAUCCCCCGCCAUAUGGGCAAGAUUAUCCACUAUUUCCACUUCGGGAUGAUGUGCCCUUGGGUGAUCCCUGUUCAGGGUUUUUGAGUCCUGGUGGUGAUGCUGAUUUAAAACCUGGCGUUGGCAGAACCAUACCAAACCUGGUGGAUUUCAGUGACGUGAAACCGCAGCAUCGAGUUCCCAGGCCAGACACAGGAUUUCAAACAACACUGAAAAGGCAAAAAAUUUUAUUAGAAGAACUAAAACAAGACAGGAGAUGGGAUUCCAGGGCAACACCGGACAUUUCCAUCAGAGCACGACUUGGAGGUUGGACAAGCCCACUGAAAGUUACUCCUUUACCACCUCGUCACGAAGCGUGCUCAAUAAAUCACACAUAUGUAUUUGAUGAAGAACCAUCAUGCACGGAGGAUGGAGAAUCACUUUUACAGCCAAACAGGAAAUAUAACGCGAAGGACUCAUUUUACAAGUCCUCGACACAAAAAGCUUAUGAAGUUGUUCCUUGGGAUAAGAUGCUACCACCGAAACUCGAUCCAGAAGAAACAACGGUGGAAAAAGCUGCUGACCCGAUUUCACAGUGCUUUACAUGGAAAAGAUAUGAAGGGGUACCAGCAAUAACCCAGAUGGUUGGUGGACUCUGGGACAGAUUUCAAACAAGAUCUUUCUUGGUACCCAUCAAGCCAGUGACUUUUGUGAGCCCAAGUUCCAGAAGCAAAUACAUCCCUCUUUAUACGGGUUGUGUGCAGUCUACAAAUGCCGAUGAUGUUGACAACCCCUUUGGAGACAUCACAUCUCUCGCCAAGCCUCGGGGCUCCAGGAUUCUUUAUACAAACACAAGUCGCUCUGCCAAUAUUCCAGGAUACACCGGUAAGGUUCAUUUCACAGCCAGCCACCCAGCAAAUUCUGAUAUUCCAUCAACGGCGCCAUCGCCAGACUCAGGAGUGCACCGUGCAGGUAACCGGACACCUAUCAGAGCGCCAAGCACCUUCCAAGCUGCUUCUAGAACGAUGCUGGCUUUGUCCACAGCAUCUUCAGGCAACAGCCAGCACGAGAGACGAGGAAGCACUUCUGUUUGCACAAAAACUAGCUCAGUCUGCUUUCUCAUGAAGACAAUUAAAAUCCUGCUCACCACAGAUCUAGAAUCCCAGGCCGACAUAGAAAUACCAGCUGCUAGAAACUCCUGGCCUGUGCUUGUGAGGAUGCUCUACUGCGGUCUUCUUGAAGCACUUGUAUGUUUUCCUUCUGGCUGGUUUUGAACGUGCUCACAAGUGCCCUCUGCAGAGCACAUCCCAUCUUUCAAAGCUGGUUCCUCACACUCUAGCAAAAACCAACACUGAAAGGUCGUGCCGCCCUGUUCACGGGACCCGCUGGUCAUGAUGAACAGGAAGAGGCUGCUUUCCUGUGCCGCCCACCCAGAGUGGGUCUCCGGGGCAAACCCCACAUCUUCUACUUUGUCAACCGUAAAUGAAAACAGCUUUACCGCCUCGCUUUCACACUUUGGACAUAAAAGCCAUGAAGUGUCAGUAGAAAUC